CAUAAGGCCACCAUUGGAGACAUAAUCCAAACUGAGCGGAUCAAAAGGAAGCAGGCCGGCGACCAGAUAGUGUUUGGCUCUGUCUUAUUGGUUGGUACCAAAGACUGGACCCUUAUGGGCAAGCCAGUGAUUCCCUAUGCUAAGGUUCACUGUACGAUAGAACAGCAGACCCUUACGAAGGACCAAGUUUCAUUCAUAUAUAAACCCAAGCGCCGAUGGUUCCGUUUCAGAAGGGUGCGGUAUUGGGUUACGAUGCUCAGGCUUGACAAAAUUGAGAUCGAUCCGCGAUAUUCGGCCGCUCCUGGGGACAAACCGCUGAAGCCAGUACGGUUGUUGGAUAUGUGGGCAUCUAGGUGGCAGACACCGGAGGAAUUGAGGGCGGUACAACGUGAUGGAGAAGGCACGAUGUUAGCUGAGAAGAUCUACGAUGGUACGGAGCAAGCGCCAGGUCACCAUCAACGACGAGGCCUAGUGGAGGCGUACCGGUUUUAUCCGGAUCCACAGGCCCCGCAUCAGAGGUGGCAUUG